CUCUCUGCAGACAGGGCCCGGGCGGGGCUGGCUCGCGGGGCUCUGAGCCUCUGUGGCUCCUCCCUUGUCCCACGCCAGGCCGGCCGCGUAGGCGCGUCCUGGGAGACUGGCUUUGCACCCGGGGCUUGGGGUGACUUUGCAUUUUUGGAUUCCGGCGCAGGGACCGAGUUUUGUAGAUCAGACCCGAACGGAGUAAUCCCAAAGGCUUGCAGAGACCCGAGGCCUGUGGAUCUGCAUUAAAGAGAAACAUAUGAGGACCCCAGAAGCCAGAAAAGGAGGCAUUGGCACUGGACUAAAAAGUGGUUGAACUAUAUAAAACAUCGCUUAGAAUUUAAAGUAGAAAAAAUGAAUCUGGAAAGUGAUAGCACAGCAUCUGAAAGCAUUUUUGAUAUGGAUUAUGCUUCAUGGAAAAUCCGUUUAGCAUUAGUAGUGGCCGGUUUUGUGUUCUAUCUGGGUGUCUUUGUGGUCUGCCAUCAGCUCUCUUCCUGUCUUAAUGCCACCUAUCGAUCUCUCGUAUCUAAGGAGAAGGUCUUCUGGAAUCUUGCUGCCACCCGAGCAGUUUUUGGAGUUCAAAGCUCCAUUGCUGGUCUAUGGGCUUUGCUUGUAGACCCUGUUCUUUCUGCUGAUAAAGGAUAUUCACAGCAGAACUGGUGCUGGUUUAAUAUUGCAACUGCAACUGGCUUCUUUUUCUUUGAAAAUGCUGCUGUUCAUGUGUCAAAUUUGGUUUUCUGGACUUUUGACAUGUUCUUAGUAGUACAUCAUCUUUUUGCCUUUCUCGGAUUUCUUGGAUUAGUGAUCAAUCUCAGAGCUGGCCACUAUCUGGCCAUGACAACCCUGCUGCUGGAGAUGAGUACCCCUUUUACUUGUAUCUCCUGGAUGCUUUUAAAGGCUGGCUGGUCUGAUUCUCUGUUUUGGAAGGUAAACCAGUGGUUGAUGAUUCACAUGUUUCAUGGACGUAUGUUUUUGACUUACCACAUGUGGUGGGUAUGUUUUCAGCACUGGGAUGACCUACUGAACAGUCUAGCUCAUCCACACCUUGCACUUUUCCUUGUCGGACUGGCCCUCCUUACGUUAAUUAUUAAUCCAUACUGGACACACAAGAAGACUCAGCAGCUGCUCAAUCCAGUGGAUUGGAAUUUUGCACAUUCAGGACCAAAAAACAGUCAAUCUGUAAAAGUGAAUGGCCAGACUCUCCAAAGGAAGAGGCAGUAAUUUUGUUGGGACAAUUAAGUGCCUGCUAAGAACUGAAAAAUAAAUGGGACACAUGCAGUGUUAAAGUCUGAGAAAAUUCUUUUACAAUUAGUAACAAACUGGUAAAUAGUUACUUAUUUUGAUUUUUGCAUUUUCUUGAUAUUAAUUUUGAAGUAGCCAUAAAGUAUUUUGUUUUUAUUUUUAAACCUCAGUUUACUUUUAUAAGUGGAUUUUGCCCCAUAACAAGUUCUUUUGGCUUCCAGGGUUCAAUGCAUUGAAGUUUACCCAUAUUGGGUUCAUUAGUGUAAUAUUAAGAAAUAUGAGGCUUGAAUGAAAUUUAGAGUCACUUGAUAGAUUUUUCUUUUCAUGUAAGAUUUUAGGUUCUGGAUUAAUUUUGAAUCAACAUAUAUUUUCUAUUCUUGUUUUAAAAAAAUUUUUUUUCUCAUAAGGAACUCAAAUUGUGGAUUAAAUUUGAGCCAGCAUCUAUUUUCUGUUCUUGUUUUAAAAAAUUUGUCUUUUUUCAUAAGGAACUCUUAUUGUGGGCCAACUUUGAGUCAGCAUUUAUUUUCUGUUCUUGUUUUCAUACAGUAAUGAUUUGUAGCCUUAUUUAAAAUUAGUAACAUUUUAAAUUCCAAAUGUGCAACAGUGUCAUCUAGUGGCAAAAUGAAAGAUGAACCAAUUGAUUCUUGAAGAUUUAGAAGACUAAACAUGGAGAGAAAUAAUGGAAUGAAAUGAAGGAACUUUAGUAUGGAGUUGGAAUUUCAAGACAAGUAUUUGAAGGAACUAAUGCAUAUUAAGAGAUUCUGAUUCAUACAUUUUUGUUAUGAAUUUGCACCCCAAAAGCAGGUUACAGUAUCAUAAUUCAUUUAAAUUCUGUUUAAUGUUCUACAAGACACUGAAGUGUAGUUUCUUUUCUUUUUUUUUUUGGACAAGUCUGUUAAUUUAGGUGAAUCCCUUAAAUGAAGGCGAAAUUGAGUAGUAAUAAUUAUCUGAUAUUAUGAAUGCAUUAACUUUCAUAUUUUUCUCCAAGAUUUAUCUUUCUAUUCCUUUAAUAGAGAAUGAUUUUAUUUUUUAUUUCGGUUAAAUAUUCAGUGAUUACUUAUUGUAAAACAAAUAACGAUGUGGAAAGUAUUUAAUUUUUCUAAGUUUUUUUUUUUUUUUUAAGAUUGUGGUAUCAAGACUGCCUGUCAGAAUUGUUAAAAUAUUAGUUCCCUUAUUUAAGUAAAUCAAUAUGCUAAAAUUACUGAUGUACUAAAAUAUAUUUAAAGUUAACUCUGUUGUUUAAAUGUCCAUAAUCAUUGGUAUACAGGAACAGGAUCUGUGAUUUCAUUUAUCUAGAAAAUUCCUUAUUAAUGCAGGCUAGCCCUUUCUCUUCAACCUAUAACCUUAGAGAAAAGUAUAGCACAUUGAAGUUACCUCAACAGUAGGUAUCAGUUGUGUCAGAAAUAGGACUUGAAUCCAAAUCUUCUGACUCUGAAACCAGUUGUCUUCCAUGAUGCCAUUUUAAAGGAAAAGAGUUUAAGGGAAAACUUUUUUUUAAUUGAUAGUAUAAGAGUUAAAUGUAAUUUUGUAAUAUUUUAGCUUUUAUUUUCUUGCUGAAUUAUAUUUAUACUUCAGAUAAUUCAAGAAUCUAUUUUGUCAACAGCAGCUUCUUCCAUUAAAGCAAUUGGGUAGUACAGGACUUAUCAUACUGGACCCAAAGUUAGAAAGACACUUCACUAACCAUGUUAUCCUGGGCAUCUCACAUAACCUCUGUGUGCCUCGGUUUCCUCAUCUACAAAAUAGAGAAAAUAAUAGCACCUAUCUCUCAGAGUCAUUGUAAGGAUGAUAUAUUUUUAAGCAAUUUACAAACCUUAGCAUACUAUAUAAAUGCUGCCAUUAUUUUGUUGAAAAAAAAAAAAAACUUAGUUAUAAUCCCUAUGAUACUAUGUGUUUCUAAACUUAAGAUGGUUGAUCUCUAGGUGAUGAAAUAUUCUUCUACUGCCACAAACUCAGCCUUUUCAGCAUGUCCAAACAUGCAAGAGCUGGUGUUUCAUUAAAAUAGCCUUUGAAACCUUAAGGUUAUCCCCAUUCUGAGCCAAGGCAUCAGAGGACCUCAAUUAAUGAAAGAUGAAUUGUUAGAAAAGAAGUUUUAAAGUAAUUUUAUGUGUAUCUUUCACUAUCAAGAGAGUGACUGGUUCUGAAUGCAUCAUCCCUGAGCUACUUCAUAAGUACAAAUCUCAUUUAUAGUGUAUUUAUAGGGAUAGUCUCAAGGAUUCUUGGUCACAUUUUGCUUAUACCAACUCUCCUCUCCUCAUACUUGGUUGUGUAACUAGCUGUAACUUUUGCCCAGUUUUUUUAAUAUUUAAAAAUUCAAAUCAAAGAAAUUCAGAAUUAUUUAAAUGUAUGGUUCUUCAGGGGUUUUAAGGUUUUCCAGAUUGCAUUUUGUAUGAAGUCACUUUUUUUGAAAAGCACCUUUACAAUGUUUGCAUAAUUAAUAAGAUUAGGUGAGAGGAAAUAUUAAAUAAUUUCAACAUGGUAUAAUUACAUGAUUAGAAUUGGGUAGAAAUAUGCUAAAUGUGUUUUUAAAGUGGUGGUUCUUACCCUGGAAAUCAUUGGUGAAAUUUUAAGUUAAUGUAUAUAAAACCUACUGGUAUCAAGUUAGAUUUUUUAAUGGUUAAGAUUUUAAAAUCUAGAGGUCAUGUUAAUAUCUUCAAAGUACAGCUCACUAACUGCCUACUCCUCAAAUGACUUGAAUAUUUUCUGUUCAGUUUAUCUUUUUCGGUGCAGUCACAAUAGUAUUAGCUUUCUCUUCAAAAGCAGGAAAGUGCAACUUGUAUUAGCAGUACCAAGUGAAAUCCCAGUUCUAUAUAACAAUAAAUUAACCUUGCUAUUUAUUAUAGAGCUUUAGUUGUGGAUAUUUUAUUUCUUAAAGAUACAAAAUGUGAUCAGCACUCUUGAGUGACAAUAAAGCUCAGUUUACUUUGUAGUUUUUAAACCUAAUUAUUAACUGAACACAACAAAUAUGGGUCUUUGAAGAAUAGUAAAAAUUAUGAUCAGAGAAAUGAGUAAUAUGAAAAGAACUGAAUAUAUGGUGAGGUGCAAAGAGUCAGGUAGAUAGUCUUAACUGUUUUAUUGAUGUCUCAUAAUAGAGAGGAAUACCUUCAAAAUCUUAAGUGAAUCCACUUGUCAUGAAUUUACAGAAAGACAGAGAUAGGAGUUCUACAAGUAUGAAUGGGUUGCAAACUGCCUCAUUAGAAGAAACAUUCAAGUUGAUGAAGUAACAGUUCCACUGUGUAUUUUUAAAUUUUUUUAAGAAUUUUAAUUUCUUACCUUUAUUAGGAGGGGAGGAAUGUCAUUUCUCUAGAUCAUGCUGUCCAUUCACCUUUUUUUGCCCUUCAUAGCUUGAGUCUUAUUAUGCUUCUAUUAUGUGCCAGGCAGAGUGCUUAAUGCUAGCAUACAGUAUACUAUUGGGAUAUAGAGAUACAAGGAUAGAGACUGGAGGUCCCACUGUCUAAUAUUUAGUAUCCUUAUAAUUAUAGACAGGUCACUUAAACUAAUGAAAUGUGUACUACUUACACAGAAGAGCUACGAUGGAAAAAGUGCUCUAUAGAUCAUAAAGUGCCUCAGAAAUGUAAAUAAGUUAUUAGUAUCAAACAUUUUAUAAAGUAAUGGGCCGGCCCAUAUUCCCAUUUUUAAGAUUCCUACUAUGGCUAUGUCCUUUUAAAUAUUUCAAUAAAUCUAUGUUUUCAUUAA